AUGUCGGCGUUUCGCUGGGGCCGCGGCGCGUCCGGUCUCCGGAGGGCCCUGUGGCCUGCGGGCCCCCCCGGCCCCCUGGCCGAGGAAGGGGCCCUCAGUGGUGUCUGGGGCCGCAGAAGGAGCUUGUCCGCCAGCCCUUGUGAGCAAGACCGCCGGAAGGACUGGGGCCACGCGGAGCUGCUGGAGGUGCUCGAGGCCCGGGUGCGGCAGCUGCAGGCCGCGCGUGUGUCGGAGGUGACCGUGAGGAGGCCCCGCCCGGCCCGACUCCCAGAAGCCGGCGGCUUCCAGCCACGCAGGAAGGCCCAGAAGGGGGGCGAGGGCACCGCCCCGGGGCUCGGCGGCCACUGGGCGCAGAAGCUGGACCAGGAGAAGUGGGCGAUGCAGAGGCGCAAGCAGCGGCUGCAGGCGAAGCUGCAGGUGCGGGCCCAGCAGCUGGCCUGUGAGCACAGGCUGCGGAUGGUGCCCCAGCUGCUGAGCGCCCCGCUGGCCGAGCGCCUGCUGCGCUGGGAGCAGGAGACCCCCCGGAGCCCCUGGGAGGAGCAGCUGGCGCGGCUGCUGCGGGAGGCGCCGCGGAGGCUGAGCUGCGAGGCGGAGCGGGCCCACGAGGCGGGGGGCGCCCCCGCGCGGCUGGAGACCCAGCAGCAGAGGCUCCUGGCCUUCCUGGAGUGCUGCCUGCUCUCGGGCCACCUGCCCCUCGCCCACCACGUGCUGGUCACCUGCCACAGCAAGUGGCGGCAGCGGCGGGUGCUCACGCUGGCCGCGUACAACACCGUCAUGCUCGGCUGGGCUCGCGAGGGCUCCUUCAAAGAGCUGGUUUACGUGUUCUUCAUGGUGAAAGAUGCCGGCCUCACCCCAGACCUCUUGUCCUACGCAGCUGCGCUCCAGUGCAUGGGACGGCUGGACCAGGACGCCAGGACCGUCCAAAGGUGUCUGGACCAGAUGGCCCAGGAUGGGCUGCGGCUGCAGGACCUCUUCUCCAGCGUGCCACUGUGCCAGGAGGAGCAGGCCGCGCUCCUGCAGGCAGUGCACAAGGCCCAGCCCACCUUCAGCCCUCCUUUGCAGCCCCAGCCCGAGCCCCAGGUCAACACCUCACCCCUGCUCAGGGAGAUCUACGCCAAGGAGGGCCCCGUGUCAUACCCCAAGCUGCACCUGCCUCUGUGGAAGCUGCAGACCCUCUUCCAGCAGCAGCUGCGUGUGGAGAUGGCCACCACCGUCACUGUGGAGUCGGUGGAGAAGGCCCAGCUGCUCACCAAGGAGGUCCUGCACGCGCGGAGGACCCUGAAGCAGCUGCGCACCGCGUGGGUGGAGGCGCUGUGCGCGGGGCUGCGGGACGUGAAGGCCAGUGAGGCCCGCGCCGCCCGCUCCGGCCGCCCCACGCUCUUCCCGUACCUGUGUCUGCUCACCGAGCGGGAGCUCGCCAGGCUGCUGCUGCAGACCCUGCAGGUGCUGCCGCCGCAGGGAGAGUCCCUCCUCUCCCUGGCGCAGCAGCUGGGCCUGCGCGUCUUCAACCGGCACGCGGUGCAGAAGAAGCAGCUCAGCCAGGUGCAGGCGCUGCAGCAACGCUACUACCAGUACCUGCACCUGCUGGCCUCGGACACCCAGGUGGCGGUGCCCUGCCUGCCGCGGCAGUACUGGGAGACGCUGGGGGCGCCCGAGGCCCCCCAUGAACAGCCCUGGCCCUUGCCUGUGCUGGUGCAGUUGGGCAAGCGUCUGGCAGAGAUGCUGGUGGAGGUGGUGCGGAUGCCCGGCAGCCUGGCCGCCCCCCAGGGCUCCUGCUCGCUCAUCCCGGUGCUCUACCACGUGUACUCCUUCCGCAGCUUCCGCCAGAUCGGGAUCCUGAAGCCACACCCGGCCUUCACGCAGCUGCUGGCGACCGCAGCGGAGCACACGCUGACCUUUGAGGCGGCCGAGGUGCCCAUGCUGUGCCCGCCGCUGCCCUGGACGUCACCGCACACGGGCGCCUUCCUGCUGAGUCCCACAAAGCUCGUGCGCUCUGUGGAGGGCACCACGCAGCACCAGCGCCUGCUGGACAGCUGCCCGCCCGCCGAGCUACACGGCGCCCUGGACGCCCUCACCCAGCUGGGCAACUGCGCCUGGCGCGUCAACGGCCGCGUGCUAGACCUGGUGCUGGAGCUCUUCGCCGCCAAGGGCUGCCCCCGCCUGGGUGUGCCGGCCCCGCCGUCCGAGGCGCCCCGGCCGCCUGAGGGCCGCCUGCCGCCGGACGCCUCGCCUGCCCAGAAGGCCGAGCUGCGGCGGGAGCUGGCCCGCUGCCUCAAAGUGGCCCGGGAGAUGCACAGCCUGCGGUCGGACGCGCUCUACCGCCUCUCGCUGGCGCAGCACCUGCGUCACUGCGUCUUCUGGCUGCCCCACAACAUGGACUUCCGCGGCCGCACCUACCCCUGCCCGCCCCACUUCAACCACCUGGGCAGCGACCUGGCGCGAGCCCUGCUGGAGUUCGCCCAGGGCCGCCCGCUCGGUCCCCGCGGCCUCGACUGGCUCAAGAUCCACCUGGUCAACCUGACCGGGCUCAAGAAGCGGGAGCCGCUGCGGGCGCGCCUGGUUUUCGCCGACGAGGUGAUGGAGGACAUUCUGGACUCUGCCGACCGGCCCAUGACGGGCCGCAAGUGGUGGAUGGAGGUGGAGGAGCCCUGGCAGGCCCUGGCCUGCUGCAUGGAGAUCGCUCGGGCCGUGCGCGCUCCCGACCCCGCUGCCUAUAUUUCUCACUUCCCGGUCCACCAGGACGGCUCCUGUAACGGGCUGCAGCACUAUGCCGCUCUCGGCCGCGACAGCAUCGGGGCCGCCUCCGUCAACCUGCUGCCCUCGGACGUGCCGCAGGACGUGUACAGCGGAGUGGCCGCGCAGGUGGAGGUGUUCCGCAGUCAGGACGCCAAGCGGGGCGUGCGGGUCGCCCAGGUGCUCGAGGGGUUCAUCAGCCGCAAGGUGGUGAAGCAGACGGUGAUGACUGUGGUGUACGGGGUCACCCGCUACGGGGGCCGCCUGCAGAUCGAGAGGCGCCUGCGGGAGCUCAGCGACUUCCCCCAGGAGUUCGUGUGGGAGGCGUCUCACUACCUGGUGCGCCAGGUGUUCAACAGUCUCCAGGAGAUGUUCUCGGGCACGCGGGCCAUCCAGCACUGGCUGACUGAGAGCGCCCGGCUCAUUGCCCACGCGGGCUCGGCUGUGGAGUGGGUCACGCCCCUGGGCAUCCCCGUCAUCCAGCCCUACCACCGGGACUCCAAGGUCAUGAUCGGCGGCGGGAUCCAGAGCCUCACCUUCAGCCACAGCGGGGAUACCAGCCAGAGGCCCAACACACUGAAGCAGAAGAACGGCUUCCCCCCCAACUUCAUCCACUCUCUGGACUCUUCACACAUGAUGCUCACAGCCCUCCACUGCUACAGGAAAGGCCUGACCUUCGUCUCCGUGCACGACUGCUUCUGGACCCACGCAGCUGACGUGGAGGUCAUGAACCAGGUAUGCCGGGAGCAGUUUGUGCGCCUGCACAGCCAGCCCAUCCUGCACAACCUGUCCAGGUUCCUGAUGAAGCGAUUCUGCUCUGGCUCCAGGUCUAGCGCCCCCUCCCCCAGUGCGGCCGGGACCACCCCUCCCUGCCGCACUGGGCCUCACGCCCGCCCUGCCCUCGGCCUCAGGUCCCCACAGCACUUAAAGAGCGUGCGGACUGGCAAGCUCCAGGACACGCUGAAGUCGGUGCCCAAGACAGGGGCCUUCGACCUGAAGCAGGUGAAGCACUCCACUUACUUCUUCAGCUGACGCCGCGCCGCCGCCCGCCCUGUACCAUAGUGUAAAUAAAGCUGUUGCCACCCAUGGGGUCGAGCGUCUCCCGCCGGUCUCGGGGCACCCGAGCAGCUGGGCCCCGGCACCAAGCAGUCAGAGGCCGGCAGGCUG